AUGAGGAGUAUGGUCUUCUUGGGGACGUGGUUGGAGGAAGAGAAAGCUCUUCCAGAUUUCCCCCGAAAUGAAAGAUGUAGCCAUGAAGAGAGAAAACCUUUGACUAGGUCUCGACUCCAGGUGCACCACAAAAUGGCCACGGCUGACGACAAAGACACACACAAAGCGUGGGCAGGUGACGGAGGGCUGAGCCCUGGCCCUGCACUGAUUGGCUCUGUGCUCCUGGGCAAGUCCCCGACUGCAUCUGUCAUCUGUGAAACGGUGACUGGGUGGCUUUUACAGCCUCUUCACGUGGCCAUGAAGAGAGAGAAACCAGACCAGCGCCAGUUCCUGCCGGGAGAAGUGUGGGUCCGGGUAGCGGAUGCGCACGUGUUGAGCAGAACACAGGGCACUGGGCUCUUCUGGUCCUCGAGGUCUAGAUUCUGUGAUUCCCACGCGUUCACCUGA